GGGCAAAUAAUGCGAACAAAACAAAAUAAAAAUUGCAAAAAAGCUCCGUUUUUCGCUCAGCACAAGUAGAAGAAAACUUGGUUUUUAAUCCCUCAAAGCUUAUCAUUUUGUAUGUAUAGGUGUGUGUACAAUUUGUUCCUUCUCAAGCUCUCUUCUUGCUUCUGGGUUUUUCUUGCUGUAGUGACUGCUUGGGUCAAGGGUACAUAAGCAUGAUGGAUUUCAGAGGUGCUUCUUGGGUUGGAGACAUCUACCAUAAAUUUGAAGCUAUGUAUUUGGAGGCUGAAGAAAAAAUUUGUGAAGACGCUGUUAAGUUUGUUGAGAGUCAGGUGCAGAAUGUGGGAUCAAAUAUGAAAAAAUUCUAUACUGAUGUCAUGCAAGAUUUGGCUUCGCCAGAUUCUACAGCUCCUGUGAAAGUACCUGCAACAGAUUUGCCUCUGGAUUCCUAUGCUGAUACUAAAACUGAUGAGGAAAAAAAAUCUGGCAAUAAAGAAGAUACUAAAAAAAUUGGUAAUCUAUUCACUAAUGAUCUUAAAGUGAUUAACCAGGAAGAUGGAGAUCAGGUGUCAUCUCUUGUUGAAGAUACAACUCUCAUUCGCAAGAAAAUUCCUAGAAAGGACGGCCGCCGGAAGACAAACUCGCCGAAUCAGGUGUCAGGUUGCAUGAAGGUUCCUGAAAAGGUCUGCUGCCAGAAGACAAACUUGCUGAAUCAGGUGUGGGAUGAUCAGGAUGGGGCAUCACUGGUGCUAAAAAUGAUACAUGAAAAUGCAACUCCUGAGCAUAUGGCUUUAGCAUCAUCACAAGUUUCCGUUGAAGUAGAAGGAUGGGAAUGGGACUCUGUGGAAGAAGAGGAAGAAGGGAAAGAAGAGAAAGAAAUGAGUAGUUGCAAGGGUAUUGACAUAGAAAAAUCCACCACUAAGGGUCCAAUAUCUACUGAUGUUCUGUCAUUGCGAACUGUAGGUGAAGGCUUGGCACAAGCUUCUAUAGAAAAGAAUUUUGCGGUCAAAUCUGAUACCUUGGUUGAUUCAAAAACUUGUCAGAUGACUGGGGAGCUGGUUGCCUUGUCAGAUAUAGGAAAGGAAGUUGUGAGCAAGACUAUUGAUAAGAUGGAUUUAGCGGGUGAAACUACUGAUGAAGAUGAGAUAAAGUUGGAGGAAGGUUGUGUCAUUGUGAAUGAAAAGAACAUUUCUUUUUCUUCCUACAAAGAUGGCAAACCCUGGUCCUACAAGAAAAAGAUAAGAGAAGCUCUCUCACUGAAAAAGAAAUCGUCAAGAAGGCAGGAGUAUAAACAACUCGUAGCACAGUAUGAAACCGCAAAUACAAGUUCAAGUCCAGCUCGCAUUGAUACAGUCCCACACACUGUCUUCCCACAGUCAAGCAUGGCAGAGUUGCAAACUGGUGAGUUUUGCGAGUCGGACUGGGAACUUCUGUAAUGUUUCUACAUAAGUUUCUUCUAAAUAGGUGAUCUGCUAAGAUGAGCUGCUCUCUUCCAUGCUGAUGAGAGAACGAAAAGAUGCUUUUAAACUUGUUAAGUGUCAUAUAUACAUUGUAGCUGUAUAACCUAUAUGUAACAAUUACUGUACAUGGAUACAAAGCUCAAUGCUUCUGGCAUCUGAGCUGAUAUGUAAAAGUUUCAAGUCGGGCAGUAGCCUUGACUGCAGGGAAAAUCCGACAAAAUGAACUACUACUAAGUAUAAAUGGCAUCAUACCGAGGCUUGUUGGCAAGCAUAUUUACAAGA